GGGAGGGGACCAUGAAGUCCAGGGGAGGUUUCCCUCACUCACCGACAGUAAGCCCGAGGGGGGCGUGGUUCAGUCCGUGACCCCGCCCUGGAGGGUGGUCUGGAGUUGGUAAAUAGGGGCUGCACGUGCAGGGCUCCGGCCAGACGGUUCGAAUCGGCUCGAGGGAGAAAGUUGCGCGCAAUCCUAGUUUUGUACCUCCAGUGGCGCCCGCCUGAUUUUCCGUAAUCUUCGCAAAUAGCAGCGCAGGCAUGAAGGCCGCACGGAUCGCCUUGCGGAGCGCGGCUCCUUUGGCUGCCACGACCACAGGCGGCGGAGGAGGUCGAGCGACUUGGGAGGUGGAGCAUUUUGCUCGGUACUCUCCGUCGCCGCUUUCCAUUAAGCAGUUCCUCGAUUUUGGGUCAACUAAUGCAUGUGAAAGAACCUCUUUUUCCUUCUUGCGGCAUGAACUUCCUGUGCGGCUGGCAAAUAUUCUGAAAGAAAUUGACCUCCUCCCUAGUCCAUUGCUGAGCACUUCUUCAGUACAGCUGGUAAAAAGCUGGUAUGUCCAAAGUCUGAUGGAGCUAGUUGAGUUCCGUGAGAAAAAACCAGAUAACCACAAAGUUCUAUCUGAUUUUAUAGAUGCUAUUGUCAAAGUCCGGAAUCGACACCAUGAUGUUGUACCUACAAUGGCACAAGGUGUUCUAGAAUACAGAGACUCUUCUAAAAUGGACCCAUUCACCAAUCAAAACAUCCAGUACUUCUUGGAUCGGUUUUACAUGAACCGUAUAUCUAUCCGGAUGUUAAUAAACCAGCACACACUUAUUUUUGAUAAUAAUAACAUUCAGGGCAACCCAAAGCAUAUUGGAUGCAUUGACCCUUGCUGUGACGUUGUGGAUCUAGUGCACGAUGCUUUCCAGAGUGCCCAAAUGCUUUGUGACCAGUAUUAUUUUGCUUCUCCAGACCUGAAGCUUACUCAAGUGAAUGGAAAAACAGCUGGGCAGCCUAUUCACAUAGUAUAUGUUCCUUCCCAUCUCUUCCACAUGCUGUUUGAACUCUUCAAGAAUGCAAUGAGGGCAACAGUUGAACAUCAAGAAAACAAACCUUCUCUUGAUCCAAUUGAGGUGACCAUUGUCCUUGGGAAAGAAGACCUGUCAAUUAAGAUAUCUGAUAGAGGUGGUGGUGUUCCAGUGAGAAAAAUAGAAAGCCUCUUCAGCUACACAUAUUCUACAGCUCCGAAGCCUGUGAUGGACAGCAACAAUUCCACUCCUUUGGCUGGCUUUGGUUAUGGCCUCCCAAUUUCUCGGCUGUAUGCUAAAUACUUUCAAGGAGACCUCAAUUUGUGUUCCAUCUCUGGUUAUGGAACAGAUGCUCUGAUCUACUUAAAGGCCCUUUCCACAGAGUCUGUAGAGAAACUUCCUGUCUUCAACAAAUCUGCUUGUAAACAUUAUCAAAUUGCUAUAGAAGCAGAUGACUGGUGUGUUCCAAGUAAAGAGCCAAAAAACUUGUCAAGACAGAGUGCAGCUGCAUGAGAUCAGCAUGUGCCUAGGACAUGCUCAAGAAGAAGCACAAAAUAUGAAAGGGGGAUCAAGCUGAUGUUGCAGUCCAGGACAAAUCAAACCAUCCUUUGGACCACUCCUGUCCUACACCAGGAUUUCCCAGAGACAAGAAAUUACCGUGCGGAGCAGGAGAUGUCAACAUGUGCACUGUAGGCAAUGUGUGUACUGUAUGGAUAAUGGUGACCGAUGUGCCAGGAAAAGCAAAAGGCAUAGGAAGCUGUGUGCAUAGUUCCAUAACACUUUGGAAAUUAACACGUGGAAGCAAAUAUAAAUUAACACUCCGAAGUAUACCUUUGAGUUAGGACUUGAUACGUUCAAAAACUAUGUAUAAAUGUUGAACUCCAGCACAUAGUAUUAACUUUUUCCUUGGUCUUUGUGGCUACUACCAAAUAUUGCUACCAGAUUGUGGCUGGAGGGUGGGGUGCGCACACAUACUUCAGUGUACUACUUGACAUGGUCACGAGUUGAAGGGCUGUGACAACAUGCCAUGUUGGCUUCCCUUCAGUAGUUUUUGUUUGAUGAGAAAUGGAGACCAUAACACAGUGCCAUUUUUUUCAUCCCAUAAGCCACAUGGUAAACGUUACUUGAAUUUUUAACUCCUAGAAUAACUGUACUUGUAUAUAGCAUCUUUUUAUUAUUUUUCAAAGUGAUGAGCUUUUAUUGCAUAAAAUGCUUAUAAAAAAACAUCAAGGAAGAUAAAUGGAUCUAUUGUGAAGUUUAAUGUAAAGUGCAAAGCAAUAAGGAGGUUAAAAAAAAUCGAAAUGAAUUUAAAUGCAGGCCAUUUUAAUUUGAUCUUAAAAUUGGCUUCCCCAAAGGAAACCUGUGAAGAAAAUAAAGUGGGAAGUGCAGGACUGUAUGUAAGGAGGCAGGUUACUUCUCGUGAUGGUACUGUGUCAAAUAUGCAGGCAACAAUCAGAUUGGAAAGUCUUUGCUUCAGUAGAGAAUGGGACAUUUUCAUAUGUUAAUUAGGAGCUGCCGGUUUUGAAUGCAAAACAAUUCAAUUUACAAAAAUGUGACUUCGGACUAAUUUGUAAAUGUGAGUAUCACAGGGAUGUGAUAAUAAGCAGGUCUUGGAGGAUAUUGUACCUGAAUUAGAAAGAAAAUCUGUAAAUGGAAAAUGAGAGGAAAUGAUGCAUUUGAUUGCA